AUGAUUCUAUUACAGCUGUUCUAUGCUGACGACAUUGCUCUCCACAUGAAGUGUCCUGGACCACUGGAAAGAAUAGAAUAUCCGUUCAUAUUUGUAUCUGUCCAUUUCAUCAGUCCUACAAUGGCUUUAGAAAAGGUUCCAGAAGUGGACAUUGAUGCUAAUGGCGUCUUCAAGUACGUACUAAUUGAACUGAAAGACAAACAAGGAUUGACUAAAACUAUUGUUAGAGGAUACGAGUGGGCAGAAUAUCAUGCGGACAUUUUAGAUCGAGUUGCUCCACGAUUAUGUGAGAAAGGUCUAACUUAUGAUUGUGUGGGCGGUGGUAGAAUAAGACACGAGAGCAACACAAAAACAUUAUAUAUUUAUGGAUACUCUGUGGGUUUUGGUCAAGCUAAUCAUAGAAUAACUGUAGAUAUUUUUGAAAAGGAACUUUCCCCAUUAUCCAGUGGACAAUAUUACUUUUAG